CGAUCACAAAGACUCAACAUUUGCUGGAUGAUUUGCAACGAAUAAUCUCCGUCCUCCUCUGCACAUUACUUGGGAAUUGCCAUCCAUGGUACGAUAAUGCCUAGAGAAAUUAUCACAGUUCAGGCCGGCCAAUGCGGCAACAGCAUUGGAAGUCAGUUCUGGCAACAACUGUGCCAGGAACAUGGGAUCAGCCAAGAUGGGAAUCUAGAGGAGUUUGCGACAGAGGGCGGUGACCGCAAAGAUGUCUUCUUCUACCAGUCUGAUGACACAAGAUAUAUCCCUCGAGCUAUAUUGAUAGAUUUGGAACCUCGUGUCAUCAACGGUAUUCAAACAGGCCCUUACAAGAACAUCUACAACCCCGAGAACUUUUUUGUUGGGAAGAACGGAGUGGGCGCUGCAAACAACUGGGGAGAUGGGUAUCAAACAGGAGAGCUGGUCCACGAGGACAUAAUGGAGAUGAUCGACCGCGAAGCGGACGGAAGUGACUCUCUCGAGGGUUUUAUGAUGCUUCAUUCGAUAGCGGGAGGCACUGGAUCUGGCCUGGGCUCGUUUCUACUGGAAAGAUUGAACGACCGAUUCCCCAAAAAGAUCAUCCAGACAUACUCUGUCUUUCCGGAUACCACCAAUUCAGGAGACGUUGUGGUACAUCCAUAUAACAGUCUGCUCUCGAUGCGAAGAUUAACACAAAAUGCCGACUCGGUCGUUGUCCUUGACAAUGGGGCCCUUUCUCGAAUUGCUGCAGACAGACUACACGUCCAAGAGCCUUCCUUUCAACAAACGAACCAGCUGGUGUCUACGGUCAUGUCCGCCAGUACUACUACCCUUCGUUAUCCGGGCUACAUGCACAACGACCUUGUCAGCAUUGUUGCUUCCCUAAUCCCAACCCCACGGUGCCACUUCUUGAUGACAUCUUACACACCAUUCACGGGCGAUAACGUUGAACAAGCUAAGACGGUUCGCAAGACUACUGUGCUGGACGUGAUGCGGCGGCUUCUUCAACCCAAGAAUCGCAUGGUCUCAACAAUUCCCGGGAAGAAGAGCUGUUAUAUCUCAAUAUUGAACGUCAUUCAAGGUGAUGUUGAUCCGACCGAUGUCCAUAAGAGUCUUCUCAGAAUCAGAGAGCGGAGACUCGCAACUUUCAUUCCGUGGGGACCUGCCAGUAUACAGGUGGCGUUGACGAAGAAGAGUCCAUAUAUCCCCAUGAACCACCGAGUUAGUGGGCUUAUGUUGGCAAACCACACAAGUAUCGCAACGCUUUUCAAACGAAUCGUGAGACAGUACGACGGCAUGCGGAAACGAAACGCCUUCAUGGAAGGUUACAAGAAAACGGCGCCAUUUGCGGACAACUUAAACGAGUUCGAUGAGGCAAGAGAGGUGGUCACAGAUCUCAUUGCCGAAUAUGAGGCGGCGGAAGACGCGGAUUACUUGAAUCCCGAUGCAGGAGACAAGACUACGGCCGGAGAGGCUGGGGAUAAGAGAGUAUCCUGAUUUCAAUAAUGUACUGUAUAAGGGAUCAGUUCCGGAGUCGAGGGUUAUGGUGCAAAGGGGUCUAUGGUUGAGGCGGCGUCCUUGUUCAUGAAUAAUUGAUGAUACCAAUAUGAAUAGAAGUUUCGUGAAUUAAAGUCUAAGUGUUGAUGCCG